UCAUAAUCGACAUCACCGACUAUUGCCGCCAUCAACAUGUUUGGAUUUCAUGGAGAUCUAAUCCUUGCUCGAAUUAAUGAAUCUUUCAAAUUUGAACCUCCAUGGCGAAAUUUGAGAAUUCUGAUUGUAUAUGGCUAUGGAUUAUUCGAUCUUCAAGAAGAAUCAUGACCAAAGAAGAAGAGGAAAGGUGUCCUUUGCGUACAGAAGAGAUGGGUUGGACUGAGUUGAUUCCUUGCAAAUGUGGUUACAAGGCUUGGAUGUUCACUAAUGAAACAAUUUCAUUGCCUCUUAACUUCAUUUAUUUGGUGUUGACUUGUUUGAUUAGUUGUUCUAACCCUCUUGUACUAGUUGUACUACCAAUACAGGUGUCUGGUGUUGGCAUCACAUAAUGGAUAUGGUAGAGAAAGAUGCAACAAAGGGGCGUUCUGUUAACUUUCAAUGUUCGAAUAAUUCAACGAAAAAUGGUGUACAUUAUUGGAAUCCCUCUUGAUCUUGCUAAUGAAGAUCUAGCAAGACUCUCCAACAUUUUACUAACGACACUUGUUGUGUAUAUAUAGUAACAUGUAUGCAAUCUGUUCAAGGUUCUGUCAGGGACGGUAGGCUUUUAAGGUAAGCAAAUGACCUUCUUGGCCUCUUGCAUUAUUGCAUGUUUAUGAGACAUUUGCAGUGUGUAAGUUUAUAAGUUUGCAUAUUGAGUUACUAUGCUUGAUUUUAGUCCCAGAUUUCACGAUUUUCUCCCUUUUAUGUUCCCAUAUAUAUAGUAACAUGUAUGCAAUAUGUUCAUGGUUAUGUCAUGGAUGGUAGGCUUUUAAGGUAAGCAAAUGGCCUUCUUGCCCUCUUGCAUCC